AUGCCUGGAAUUGAUAUAAUAAUUUGUGGAAGACUACAUGAGCGUCUGCGAUCACAGACUAUAUAUGAAAUUGAACCAAGAACAGACAUAGAACGGCCAGAAUUUCAUGGUAAUGAACCUGAACCUGCUUUCGUUAGUGCGAUCCCCACUUUGAGAUUCAACCAUGAAGCCUUUGUUUCAACUGGAAGCACACAGUGUGUGAUAUGUUUGGCAGACUACAAAGAAAAAGAAUUAUUGCGCAUCAUACCAAAAUGUGGCCACACUUUUCACCUUUCUUGCAUUGAUAUGUGGCUGAAAAAACAAUCUACUUGUCCAGUGUGUCGUUUGUCACUGAGGCAUGUAACAUUUACAGUCAGACAUUCUCUCGAUGUGUCCAAUUCUUCAGAGAGGAGCAUACACAAUGAGAGGCAAGUUGAACCUAGUUCUAGGAUCUCUCUACACUCCCAAAGAUAG